AUCGCGGGCAUCGCAUCGAUCGAUACUAGCGCUCCGGAGCCUGCCGAAGAGCGACGAAGCCACCCGACGCCAUUUUUGCACACGCUAUAGCAGCGAGGAAGAACGUCGUCCAUUUUCCGUGAUAAUAAGCAACUCUCGGCCACAUAUACUGACCGCGCAGCCUGCGAGCAACAACCUGGUGACUGUUUUAGUUGUUGGUGUGAUCGUGCGCUCUAAGGUGUGCUAGGACGGACGAAACGUAACAGCAAAGUAGUACCAGAUUAGAGAACAGUAUAAUCUCUGUUUCGUUAGUGCCGCUCUCCAUAAACGAACUUUAUUAUACUUACGCGUCCAACGGGCGCGGCUUGGUGUCGCGAACUGGCGUUUUUAAUAUCACUUGAAUUAAAAUCAUGUCCACCUUUGAUUACAUGGAUUUGUGCCGCCUGUGUCUUGUCAAGGAUCAAGUGUCCGUCCCGAUAUUCGAGGGCGACGGCGAUGCCAGACAAAUAUUCCACAAGAUAGCUUUCUGUCUGCCGGUCAAGGUGAACAGAGAAGACAAAUUGCCAAAAAAAAUAUGCGAUGACUGUGCUUACAAGGUAGAACUGUGUUAUCAGUUCUACAACACCACGGCCAACGCUGAAAAACAGUUGAUGCAAUGGCUCGGGGAAGUUGGACUCGAGGACAAGCAGGGUUACGAGCAAGAAGUUAUGACUUCGAAUAUAAUGAAGCAAGAGCAGGUAGACAACAGAAUAAAUGUAACAGUAAUCUCCAAUGAGGAGCAAUCCAACAGCAUGGAGAUCAACAUGAUCGACGGUAUGAGCCUAAGUUUACCAAUUAUCAUGAACCAACAGAUGCCCGCAGUGUCGAUGAGCUCGACGGACAAUUUACAAAGUAUCCAGUCGGUUGCCGGGACAAGUGUCCAGGCGACUGGUAACCGCAUGCGAAAAGACGGAGAAGAGAUUGACACCGAAGAAGAUGACAAUUCUGACGACGAGUGUGAUGCUGACGAUGGUCUUCAAGUGGUGAAAGAGGAGAGUGAAAACACAAGUGGUAGCAGGUCGAUGGAAUCAACUACUUACGUGAACGUGUUACCGUGCAGCGAAGCCGGACCCUCAGGACUUCAGAAGCAAAAACUGUCAGAUAUAAUUGAAAUGGGAAUGCAGCAGUCUGAAGACAAUACCAAAACUGGAUACCUCAAUAAAUCCGGCAGAACGGGAGCGUCAGGGGAUCCACGUGGAUUUUUCAUCUUUGACAAAGAGUCAGUGGUGAUGCGUAAAUGGCAGAUAUUGGAAUUCGACGGCAAGCCUUAUUACGCCUUUGUACCUGAAGACGAGGAGCCUGUGAACAUAGAUAACAUCCCUAGCUCCGAAGACCAGCCCGAGUUUGAACUGGAACCUCCAAACCACACUCCUGAGAUUAACUUCUUGCACCAAGACGAGCCAGAAGCUGAUCCAGAACUUGCUGAAGAGCACAUAAUCAAAGACUUCAACCUCCCAGUCCAAUGCAAAACCGAGGUUCUGCACCAAGAAGAAGAGAAUGAACACAUGUCUGUAGAAAACGACGCUAGCUUCUACGAUUAUCAAUACGACGAUACAAGUAUUAUGAACGACUCCGAGGAAACUGAGAUGAAGCCGAUAUUGAUGAACAAUAUUUGUGGAACGGAAGGCAAGGAAGCUACUCGGGGUGAUUUGUACGAGUGUAAAAUAGAAGGGAGCAUUGUAACUAUUGAAAAACUUGCGGAGAAUGUUGUUUCUGUGGAUAAUAGUACCAAAAAUGAUGAUAAUGAUGAUGAAGAUGAUGAUAAUAAUCAUGAUAAUGACACCCAGUAUGAUCACGAUAAUAAUAACGACAGUUAUGAAGGUUAUAAUUAUGAAGAAAACGAUACUUGCGAAUUAGAAGAUCAAGAGGAACAGAUUCAAGAAGUGGAAGAAUUUGUGGAGUCGGAAGAAAUAGAAGAAAUAGAAACGGACCAACAGAUUGGAUCCCAAAGCGAGUUUAUCGAGGAGGAGGAGGUUGAGGAGGUGGAAGGAAUUGAGGAAAACGAAGGAGAGAUCGAGGUAGAGUAUGAAGGUGAAAAUGAAGGAGAAGAAGUUGAGUUGGAGGAAGAUAUUGAGGUAGAUGCGGAGGGUAAUAUUAUAAGCGAGAAUAUUACAGAGGAAGAACAGGCUCAAGAAGUUCCUCAGUAUAUUGAAUUUGAUAGCAUAGACUCUCAGGUUAUUGAGUACGCUACUGAAAAUGAAGAAGAUGUAGAUGACGUUGGUGUGGAGAAAAUUCAAGAAGCUCCUCAGGCUACGGUAGUUCCAGUAGGUGUCGCUACUAAGAACCACCGGCAAACUAGGUACCGGCCGAUAUUACCUAAGAGCAUGCCUACAUUUAGGUGCACGCUCUGUUCUGAGACUUUUCCUUCAAAGAUCGCUUUUAGGAAGCACGUGGCUUGGACCCAUAAGAAAAAAGUCUGCAUUCAGGAAGAUGGAGCCUAUGUUUGUGCAGUUUGUGACUAUAGAACGCUUAAAAAGAACCUUUUUGCUGCGCAUUUGGAGCGGAAGCAUGAGACCUGGCCGAAGAAGGGAUCUAGCAAUGUAGACUUUCCUUGUGUAGUUUGUGGGUUUAAAUGUCGCUCUAAGCAUUCGCUGCAGUCGCAUUUCAUUAGGAAGCACACUGAUACUUUUGAGCACCAGUGCAAGUUCUGUCCGAAACAGUUUAAGGUCAAGGGAGACUUGACUAAUCAUGUGAGGUUCCAUCACAAGGAGAAGCCGGUUAAUUGCACUGUUUGUGGAAAGCUUUGUCAGAAUAGCGGUUCUUUGUAUGUUCAUCAAAAAUGGGCGCAUUUUAAGCCUAAGUUUGAGUGCAAGAUAUGCAAAAGGAGAAUGGUUACUCAGGAGAAUUUGGAACAGCAUAUGCUAACGCAGCAUGAGAAGAGGGAGAAGAUUGUUUGCGCGGAAUGCGGGAAGACUUUUACUAAAAAGGACUCUUUUAAGAGACACAUGGCGGUGCAUACUGGCAGCAAGCCUCACAAUUGUCCUAUUUGCAAUAAAGCCUUUGCUAGGCAGUCGCAAUUGCGCCAGCAUGUACUUAUCCACACGGGCAAGCGGCCUUUUGUGUGUGAUAUUUGUGGCAAGGCGUUCACCCAGAAGCCCGGGCUUAUUUGCCACCGCAAAACUCACCCCGGGUCUCAUCCCCCGCUACCCGCUAUGCCUAUUGCGGAUAUUGUUAAGGAAUUCACUGAGGGGUAUCUGAGGGGAAAUGGAGCUCAUGCUAAUGACAUUAAUGAAGAUGAAGUUGAGGCAAUCAGUGAUUGAAUUGGGUGUAAAUUAUUUAAUUAAUAAAAUUAUUCAGUUUAUUUUC